AACAGUUCAAUCUUUAUCUUGAUGUUUAUAUAUUUAUUUAUCUUUUGUACAUUAUAAGACCACCUGUAGUGGUGUUGAUUAGGGGCUUUUUCUUUUUCUCGAAAACGUCAAAGCACGCCCCGGUCAUGCCCCCUUUGGGCGUUUUUUUUUUCUUGGAUUUUUUGUCCUGGCGUUUUAAAAACAACGCUAAAGCCCUGGCUCGAUAUUCAAAAUUUUACUGUUUCUCAGCGGUAACUACAUUUAAUUUUUUUUAAUUUAACAUUUAACCUUAUAUAUAUUUCACUUUUUAUUCAUUUUUUUAUAAAACUUUCACCUAUGCUCUCCAUUUUUUAAAAACUUCUUCACUUUUCACCCACAAUCAUGAAUCCCUUCCGACCUCCAUUCGGUGUGCCUUCGAGACCCGGUAACCCCAACGCAUAUCGGCCGAACACCACGUAACCCCAACCGAGCUUUAACCUACAAAAGAUGGAUCCUAACGUAUUUGCGUACGCUCAAAUGUUAGCAUCGGCCGGUUCCCAACCAUUCUUUCAAGUUCCUCAAACCAUUCGGCGGUUCGCAACCGUCUCCGGAGAUAGAAACGGUACCGGAGACACAACCCGAACCCGAGCCCGUUGUCGAGGGAUCCAAACGUGGGAAAAGGUCUCACAAAAAGAAAGAUACAACCACUCCUCGUCGAAAAGGGGACUACCUAGCAUGGACGAAAGACUAGGGGUACGCGUUGGCACGUUCGUGGCUAGAUAUAUCGAAGGCCCCCGAUGUUGCAAAUUACCAAAUAUUACAGGUUUUUUGGCAAAAGAUUCGUGAAACGUUCUUUAAAGCUAUGGGGAAAGAAAAAGAUUACCGCAAAGAAUAUUCCAUUUCUAGCAAAUGGACCGAUAUCAACUCGAAAUGUCAUCAGUUUCAAGAGGUCUUUCAACGCAAUUGGGACAACAUGGAAAGUGGCCAAAACGACGCUAAUGUUAUAACAAGAGCAUUGGAAGAAUACAAUGCUACGAAAGACACUUUCACUUAUUUAAGAUGUUGGGAGCUUUUAAGAGGAAGUCCCAAAUGGGCAAACGUACCGACGAUAACGUCUAGCGUUAGACGUAAAUCAAAGCGGUCCAAAACAUCAUCGUCGGUUGACCCGGACACACCAACCUCAGAUGCUCGCAACGUCAAUUUAAAUAUUAUUGUAGACAACGAGGAAGAUUUGGAGUUGGAACAACCACCGGGUAGAAGAAGUGCCAAAAAUAAGAGAAAAAAAGCGGAGUCCUCUUCUUCUAAUCACGAAAUAUUGAAGCAAGAUUUCGAAGAGAUGAAUCGACGCCUUCAAGACAUUCGAGAUCUCGGUGAUAGGCGUUUACAAACUAUUGAGGAAAGAAACUUAGAAAACAAAAAGUUUGUCGCGAUACAAGAAUCGAGACAAAUAGAGAAAGAUAUCAAAUUUUUGUCUAAACCCAUCGACCAUCUCACAGGCGACGCAUUGAUCCUAGCCCAAAUGCGUCGGGAACAAAUCCGUCGAAAAUACGGACUCUAGCUUAUUUAUUUGUUUGGUUUUUUUUAGGAUUUAUUUUUUUUCUUAAU